AUGGUCGAGCCGUCUUGUUCCGCGUUCCCGCUUCCGGUGGCACACUACGCGGCAUUCAAUACUCCGAGUAGCAGCUCCAGUACUACUAGUAAUCAUUCAAUUAACAAUAAUAAUCCAACGGCUAGUAAUAAUAAUAAUGGCGGAACACAACAAAGAUCGACGCGCGGAGCAUCGAAGCAGCGACGCGAUCAGAUAAAUGUCGAAAUCCAGAAGCUUCGCGAUCUUCUCCCGCUGUCGGACCUCAUCAAGGAUCGCCUGUUCCAAUUGCAAGUGAUGUCAUUGGGAUGCAUAUUCAUUAGGAAGCAUAGAUAUCAACAAACUGUUUUGCAACCGCUCAUGAGCACUCCGGCAAUGCCACGUGGCAUCGACAUUUGCAAAGCGCUUCGUGGCUUCAUGCUCAUGAUGACGAGAAGCGGAAAAUUGUUGCAUGUCUCGGACAACGCGUGCGAGUACUUGGGACAUUCUGUGGAGGAAAUCAUGUGCCAGGGAGAUUCCAUUUACGAUCUUGUGGAUCUUCGCGAUCAUGGGGCUGUGCAAACCGAACUCGCCACAGGCCCUCCCGCUGCCGUGUGUUUCCCUGAAGAGCGCGCAUUCAUUUGCCGGUUGAAUUUGGCGCGAACUGCGAAACGACAGCUACAGUACCACAAGUUCAUUUUGCUGAAAGGACGCUACAUUCAACCGGCCGAGUAUUAUCAAGCGAUGAGCGCCCAACUUCCUCAAUCGGAGAGUGAUCAGCCAGUGUUUGCUGCGUUCUGUCAGCCGCUCAUUAACCCAGAAAAUGCUGAAUCCAUGGCUGUUGGAAAUACGAAUGUGUUCAGCACUCAACAUUUUCUUGAUAUGAAGUUCAAGGAUGCAGAUCAAACCGGAUGCCAUCACUUGGGUCACAAGAAAGAGGAGAUUCGCGGAAUGUCCUGGUAUGGAAUGCUGCAUCCCAACAACGUUUUGGAAGUCUCCUACAAGCAUCGAUUAUUAUGCCAAGAGAAGGAAGGAUCGGUUCUAUCGUUGGUUCGCGUCCAAUCAGCCAGCGGUCAAUGGAUUUGGCUGCAUUCGGUAUUCUCGAUUCGAACAAACAAUGAGACAAACUCCGACGGAAAACGACUAAAGCACGUCAUUCAUUGUUUCCAUCAAGUUUUGUCCGAAUUGGAAGCGGCAACCCUUCAAGCGAAUUCGUGGAUCUAUUCAAUGCGUCACACCUAUCCGACCGUCGUCACCUCUCCAGAAUCCCCGCAGCAGGCCGAAAAACCGCCGCCGAGUCCGCCGACUCCUCCGUACAAUGCUCGAGAGAAUGAUUUUGUUCCGGUUCCAGAUUAUGACUUUAACCAAAUCAAAGUCGAGAUACCGAUUCGGCCGAUGGUUCCGCAUCUAUCAAUGUUCACACCGGAGUCGUCGUCGCCUGAGAGCUCAGCAUCGCUUCAUUCCAGCUUAUUGCAACAACCGUUCCCGCAGCAGAAUGUCGCCGAGAUUCUCGAUGAGAUCCUUCCAGCGACCAGAUCACAAGAUGUCCUUCCCGAACUCAAAGAUGAUGUCGAUGAGAUAUUGAGACAAGUUGAACAGAACGAGGAUGUGAUUCCUGCCCGAACGCUUGCUCAUCGUCAUUCAAUGUUCGACCCCCAUACCGCCGAACUCUACAAAUAUCUCGGACCGGCGUUAUUCGAAGCCUCAAAUGAUCACGAGAAAAUGAUGCGUCAACCGAUAAUCCCGCCACCGACCAAUAUGUUUCCGCCGAAUUUCCAGCCGACCUCAUUCCAUUACCCGUUCAAUAUGCAUCCCAAUUAUUACCAGCGUAAACGCAGCUGGGCUGUUUAG